AUGUCCAUCAUCAUCACCAUCAUACCCUCAAUCACACCACUACAUUACAUUACAUUUAUAUCAAUGGUUUCCCCCUUUGGGCUUCCCCGCACCACCAUAACAAUGGCGCAUCCCGGCACUUCCACGCGUUCUCUACACGCUGACGACGUACUAAAUAUCGUCUCCGACGUCGCUCCCCCACUCCAUGUGGCCACAACAUUCCGCUACCCCUCCGAUCCAAACCUCCUAGUCCCCGCAGCCGACGCCGACGCCGACGCCGACGCCGCUGCCACAACUUCCCCUACAUCCCACAUCUACUCCCGAAUGUCCGCCCCAACCCCAACCCGCUACGAAACAAUCCUCUCCUCCCUCCUCCACGGCCACGCCCUAUCCUACAGCUCCGGCCUCUCCGCCCUACACGCCCUCCUAACCCUCCUAAACCCGCGCUCCAUCUCCAUAGGCGAAGGCUACCACGGCUGCCACGGCAGCUGUGCGCCCGAAGACCUCGGGCCCGGAGACGUCAUUCUUCUCGAAACGCCUGUUAAUCCGAAAGGAACGGCGUUUGAUAUUGAGUACUUUGCGGGGAAGGCGCAUGCGCGUGGGGCGGUGUUGGUUGUUGAUGGGACGUUUGCGCCGCCCGGGUUACAGGAGCCGUUUGCGUUUGGGGCGGAUGUUGUGCUUCAUUUGGGGACUAAGUAUUUCGGUGGUCAUAGUGAUUUGUUGAGUGGGGUUCUUGUUUGUCGGGAUGAUGAUGUGGGCCGGGGGUGGUAUAGGCAGCUUUUUGAAGAUCGGGUGUUUUUGGGCUCGGUUAUGGGGAAUAUGGAGGCUUGGCUUGGGGUGCGGAGUUUACGGACGUUGGAGGUUAGGGUUCAGAGGCAGUCCGGGAAUGCGGCGAGGUUGGUGGAGUGGUUGGAUAGUGCGUUGCGGGCUGAGGGGCCUGUGGCUGGGUCUGUUGAGGCGAACGUGCAGGCUGUGCUGGAGGAGUAUUCAGCCGGAUGGGGGGAGUGGUUGCGGAGGCAGAUGCCUAAUGGGUUUGGGCCUGUUUUUGCAAUUACGAUGAGGACGGAGAGGUUGGCGAGGUUUUUGCCGGGGAAGUUGCAUUUCUUUCAGCAUGCUACUUCUCUGGGUGGAGUUGAGUCGUUGAUUGAGUGGAGGACGUUGAGUGAUCGGAUGGUUGAUCGGAGGUUGUUGAGGAUUAGUGUUGGUUUGGAGAAUUGGGAGGAUUUGAGGGCGGAUUUGGAGGGGGCUUUUGCUGAGUUGGCGGUGAUGCCAGAGGAGUGA